ACGACGCGGAUUCCUACUCGGAAUGUGUCGACUGUUAUUUUCCAACGAUGACCAAGUUGCUAAACUAUUACAACAUGACGUUCAACAAUGCGCUGGACGAAGACGUCCUAAACGAAAGCCCGACCUCACGUGGGCCACGGCAGUUCCUUGACGUAGGUUCUGGCUGUGGUCGGGUGACCUUGAAUGUCAUUUUGCCCAAUGUCCCAGAUGACGUAGAGAAGAUAGUCGGCGUCGACAUAUGCGAGAACAUGGUUUCCUACGCACGCCAGAAUAAUUCUCACCCGAGGAUUGUGUACGAGAAGCUGGACAUAAGGGGAGACGUCUCCGAGUUCCUCGAGUUGUACGGGCCUUUCGACCGCAUCUACGGCUUCAACAGCCUCAAUCGCGUGAAAGAGCAGUCCAAGGCGUGGAACAACAUGGCGAAGCUGCUGAAGCCCGGCGGAGAGUGUCUUUUGUUUUACAGUGCUUGGUACUCCACACCCGACGUUUGGAGAGCACUGGCCCUAAAGGAACGCUGGAGUAGGUUUGCAGAGAUGUGGGAAAGCCUUAUACCGCCGUCACAGGACAUGCGGAAUACCGAGGAGAGGCUUAACUACGCACGAUCACUAGCGAAGGAUGCAGGCCUGGAAUUGAGGAGCUGCGAAAUGGUUGGCAUCUAUCUACCUGUGCGAGCAUGGUCUGGAAUGAUGACAUCGCUGAUACCAGGACAUGACACGCUGAGUGCUGAAGAACGACAACUCUUGUUUGAAGACGCUAAUGAAGAAUUGCAGAAAUGGCGGCGUGGACGGCCGAACCCACGCUUGGCUGACAACUACGUGAUCCACGGGAUAAAACCAAUGAAAGGGAGCUCAUUAAUACGGAUCGGUAGAUCCUACGCACAGUGUGUCGACCUUUUGCAAAUCGGCAUGACGUUGAACAUAACAUUAGUCGAGUGCGCUUGAUACCAUCGCUGAUACAUCGGAGUGUAAAUGGUUA